AUGUCGUUGCACAUCUACAUCGCUCACACGGGAGAGCAUUUCCUGGCCGAUCCAGUUGCCUUUGCCUCUCCCGAUGCUUUGAAGUCAUGGAUCGUUCGUAAUACCUCGAUCCCGUCCCCGCGGCAGAUCUUGAUGACCGCCCGGGGAAAGAAUGUCAAGAUACAGACCCUGGCUACGGAAAAUGAAAUCUUUGUAUACGACCGACAAUAUAUCAGCGAGCCAGGAGACGUCGAAUUCCCGGAACUUCCUCCGCCUGAGCCCUUCCAACCUGGAAUUCCCCCGGCGACCCUCAAAGAUCAGAACGACCUACAGGCAUGGCGGAACCUCUAUAUGGCGCGACGCAAUUGGGCGCUCGACCUGUCCACGCGGUGUGGUUCGAUCGACAAGCACCUGCGGGAACAUAACGAGCGAACCGAUGUCAUACACAGGGCCGUGGGCGUUGCUCUGGAGAAUUUGAAGUCUCAUGUCGGCCAUCUGGAAGAGCGGUUCCAAGAGGCGCAAUCGUGGGCCCACAAUCUGCUGGAAGAACAACGGGCAGCUUUGGAUGGUUGGCAGCAAGCUCUUUCCACCCUGGGCAACAUACCUGCACGGAAGGACUUCCCGCUGCUAGGGCGCCCAUCCACACCCAAGAUGGACAAAGACCGACCCAGCGGCACACUUCGCGACUUUGUCGAUUCCGGAGAGGUUCAACGCGCUGGGGUAGAAGCAGCCCAUGUGAUGCCAACCUUUGCAAACCACGUUCAGGGCAUUGAGAAGGCGAUUGAUGAGAUCGCUUCAAAUACCCAACAGCUGGUGGACGAGGCUGCGGAGUCCAACUUCGAAGGCGUGGAUGGACUGGUCGAGGAGGUAGAAACCAUUGCUAAGAAGAUUGGAUCAGACUAUGAACAUGUUCUUGGCCUGCCAAACAAUCAAAAAACGUUGGCAAACAUAUCUCGCCUUGCGUUCAAUCAUACCCAAGACCUUCUCCCCACACUCCUGGAGUUUGGAGCCGAGUUGCAAGCAGCACUGGUACUGGCUGUACAGCGUCGAACAGAGGCGGAGAGGACCGCGAUCAGACACAUGCGCACCAUUUCAUCCCUUGAGUCUAGACUUGCUGAUGUCAAUGGCCAACUUGUCAACUUGGAUUUGGAUAGCAAUGCCUUCGAUGUGAUCUACUCGGUUUUCCAGAUGCCGAUGGUCUAUGGCUCGAUUCUCAUUGAAUCCGUACGACGGCGAGAAUGGAGCGAAAAAGUCAAGUCCGACUCUUUGAGCUUGGUUGAGGAGAUGGCAGUCCUCCGAGAUGAGGAGCAGCGCCGGAGAAAGAAGUGGCUGAAGAGCAUGGGGGACUUUGUGACAGUCACUGAUUCCACUGCGCCGGGGAUCGAAGUCAACCUACAGGGCCAAGACGAGGAAUGGCCUGAUGUCGCCAGGAAAGAGAUCGAAUAUUACAUCGAUGAAUUGAAGACCAGACAUUCCAUGGCCAAUCUGGCAGAAGAGCUGACCCAACAGCUGAAAGACCUAGACUCUCCAACUCGACAGCAGAGACGGCGAGCCAAAGCCUUCAAGCAGGGAAGCGUUUUUGACCUGAGUCGGAGCUCCAUUUUGCGCGCGGAUGAUUCAGUCCGCAGCUUGCAAGAAGAGAAGACGAAAUUGGAGGACAGGCUCAGAGGGUCUGACAGCCGCGUGAGAAAGUUGGAAGACCUCCUGCACCGCCAGAGUCAAAUGAGCCGGCCAUCGAGUGGGAAUUUCGGUCCCGACUUUCCAGGCUCUCCUGCUUCCCCACAUCCGGAUACACUCUCACGUCGGUCAUCUGUCUCGUCGCGACGUGUUUCGGCUACUCAGUCUCCCGAAGAGAAGGCACUCAUCCAGCGCAUCGUUAGUCUCGAAGCAGAAUUAGCAGCAGAGAGAGAUUCUGUCCAGCGACUCCACAAGGAAGCACAUGUCGAACGUCAGACCAAUUCGGACAAGUUUCAAGAGGCACAAUCGACCAAGAAGGAUCUUAUCGGCAACCUCGAGGCACGUCAACGCGAGUUCGAAGAUGAGCGUCGCUUUCUGGAUGCAGAGCUGAAGAAAUUCAGGCUUCGCACAGAGGAGAUGGAAGAAGAACUCGAUCGACUGAUGGACAGCCGAGAGAAUGGCAGACAGGAGAUUGACGAGCGUAUGCACCAGCUUGAGAUCGACCUUCAAACUGCGCAUACAGGCUCUGCGGAAGACGCGCAAACGAUCAUUGAUCUCAACAAAGAGAUUGAAAGCCGGCAAGGGACCGAGGAAAGCCUGCAACUCAAGAUUGUUGAUCUCGAGCGUCAACAAUCGGAGCUAGCGCAAAAGAACCAAGAGAACCACCAGGCUCUUCAAGCUAUUUUCAUGAAUCUCUCACAAGGGGGAGCCGUGCCUUCUGAGCUUCCCGAUAUCAUCAAAGCCAUUGAGGUUCUCUCCGAGGGCUUGUCCAUCCAUGCUAAUAAUGUGGAGGCAAGCAUGGCCCAGGCCACCACCGAGAAUAAGGCCUUGGAAGAGCAAAUUCUCAAAUUCGAGACAGAAGCAGAAGAGCGGACAAAGUGCCUGGAACAAUGCGAAGAGAAAGCCUCGCGUUUAGCCGAAGAGCUCUCCCAAGAGCGAUCAAGGCUGGAAGAAGUGAAUAGCGAAUUGGAUGGUGAGCGAUCAAAAUUCACUUCGUUACACUCUCAGAUUGAGACCGGAGAAAACGGCUCCAAGGCCUUGCGCGAAGAGAUUGUCGAAGGCGAGAAGAAACACGCAGACCUAUUUCACCAAGUGGCCGAACUAUCUAAACACCUGGCAGAGGCUGAGAGUCUGGCACAAGAAUCCAAGGCACAAGCUGCAGUGUGGGAGAACAAGGCAGGUGCCAGCUCGGAGAUCGAGCAACAAGUCAUGGCGCGGUUUGAAGCUCGAGGUACCAAAUCACAUGAGCUCUCGACGCAACUAAUUUCACAAGUUGAGAAGCUGGGCCGAAUGCUGGAACAAUUGGGUUUCACUAUCAUUCAGCAAGAGGGCCAACUGGUGGUGCAGCGUGCUUCGAAGCUCACAGCUUCUUCGAGCCUCGGUGAAAGCCUUGCCCAAUCAGGCAUUGUGUCGAUCAGACCUGACCCAGCGCUUUUGGGCUGGAUGCAAGCCGAAAGCCUAGAAGAUGAAGACAAUCUAUUCAAAGCUUUCAUGGAAAGUCUGGCUCAGUUCGACGUCGCGGUCUUUGGUGACGUUGUCGUCAAGCGUGUGAAGGACAUCGAAGUCUUAGCCCGCAAGUGGCAAAAGGAAGCCCGUGGCUACCGCGACAAGUACCAUCGCAUACAGGUUGAAGCUCACGACAAGAUCGCCUAUCGCUCUUUCAAGGAGGGUGAUCUGGCUCUCUUCCUUCCCACGCGCAACCAGGCCAUCCGCUCCUGGGCAGCCUUCAAUGUUGGCGCGCCGCACUUCUUCCUUCGCGAACUAGACUCCCACAAACUACAAGCGCGUGAUUGGCUGCUGGCACGUAUCACCAAAAUCGAAGAGCGUGUCGUUGAUCUCUCCAAAUCAUUAAAUGGCGUCGUCCCGGAUCGUCGCUCCCUCGGAGACGCGAGCGACGGCGCUUCCCUGGACGACGAGAACCCAUUCGAGCUAUCAGACGGCCUGCGAUGGUACUUGCUGGAUGCGGUAGAAGAAAAGCCCGGCGCGCCUGCUACCCCAGGGAUCGCAAAGAGCACAGUCGCUUCGGCGCACGUCGAUGCCAAGGGUAGUAUUCGCCUCAAGCGUGCUACGAAUGAAGGUGGUGUUGCCAAGACCCUUUCCAGAAGCUUAGACAGUCGCCGCGAUAGCUCCAAUUCCAAACGGGGAACCCCUACGCCCUCUCAACAUGCUGUCGAAUCUACCAGUGAAAUAGCUCGUCCCGCAGAAUCUGAUGCCGGCUCGGCGCCCAGGGAUGCUGCUCAGGUCAACGACGAGGUUCGCCGUGAUCAACUCUCCGGCCCGUGA